AAAAGUUUCUACCUUCAUUUGAGAAGCACCUUAAAAAUCCAGGAUCAUUUAAGAUGAAGUUCCUCUACGUAUUCCUCGUUAUCGCCUUGGCCAUUCAACUGGCAGCUUCAGCUACCAAUUCAACACAUACCCACAAGACUAAAGUUAUUGUGACCCGCAGGAAAACAGCAAAUUGAUUUGAACAUAUUUACACUUUCAAAAUAAACAUUU